GCAGAAUGAACUACUGACUUAGUUUUAGUUGGAGGAAAUGAACGACGAACUCACGGCUGUGUGGUCAAAAGGAGAAAUGGUCUCGUCUCCUUUCUUUCAUCCUCCACACACACAGACACUGAAUUAAACAGCAUUCCCCAGUCUCGACCUGGUGACUCACCACGUAGACAGACUACAUGGGCGCUGACUGUGGUCGCAGUUUAAGGACUUGUAUUUGUGCGAUUGGCUGACUUGCAACACGCCUCGCUCCAAGUGUAGUUAGUUACUGAACAACUUGACAGAGGGCUGAAGUCCGCCCAGCAGCUCGUCUGAAAAGAGCAAACGACGGUGCGGUGAAGAAGAUUCAGGCGAUUAUAAUAGCGACGGGAAGAUGUCUCGUAAACACUCGGCUUUGGUUUAUUUGAUAACCGGAGGCUGUGGUUUUCUCGGGCAGCAUCUGCUGCGGGUCCUACUGGAGAAGGAAGACAGGUUAGCGGAGGUCCGACUCUUCGACAAACACGUCGACGCCACUUGGUGUGAACAAGGCACAGAUAGGGUAAAGGUUGUCAUCAUCCAGGGGGACAUCACCAACUAUCCCAGCCUGCUGGAGGUCUCCCGGGGGGUUGACGUAGUCAUCCACGCGGCCAGCCUAGUGGACGUCUGGCACAGAGUCCCAGAGAGUGUCAUCAAUGCCGUCAAUGUUCAAGGGACGGAGAACAUGAUCAAUGCCUGUGUGGAGAAUGGCAUUCAGUACAUGGUAUACACCAGCAGCAUGGAGGUGGUCGGCCCUAAUGUCAAAGGGGACCACUUCAUCAGGGGUGAUGAGGAUACGCCCUACAAUGUUGAGCACACCAUGCCAUAUCCCAAGAGCAAGGCCAAGGCUGAGAGAAUCGUACUUGAGGCAAAUGGCAUCAAGAUAAAAGGAGGGGCAUGCUUGUACACAUGUUCUCUGAGGCCUACAGGCAUCUACGGUGAAUAUCAUCAGCUAAUGAAGGAUUUUUACCAGAAUGGGGUGAAAACCGGAGGCUGGCUCAUUCAGGCUUCCCUAGCAGACACUGAACAUGGGCGAGUAUACGCAGGCAACGUGGCCUGGAUGCAUCUGCUGGCAGCCCGUGCACUGGGGGAGAGUCCCCAGACGGUCGGAGGCCAGGCAUACUUCUGCUAUGAUGAAUCGCCGUACAAAGGUUAUGAGGAUUUUAACAUGCAGUUUCUAUCGCAUUUCAACUUCCGAUCAAUCCACAUGCCCCUGGUUGUGCUGUGGUUUUUUGCAUACGUUAAUGACUUUCUGCACUGGAUCCUGAAGCCUGUGUUUAACUACACACCGCUGCUGAACCGCUACACGCUGGCUGUUGUCAGCACUUCCUUCACUGUGAGCUCAGACAAAGCCCUACGCCACUUCAAGUACCGCCCGCUCUACAACUGGGACCAGUGUCGAGAACGAACACAGAAAUGGGUCGACACCUUUCCUCUAGAGACCAAAAAAGAUUCCUAAAAUGGGCUGACAUGUGGACCACACUUAACAGAUCACAUGAGAUGAAUCUAAUGAGUCCUGUGGGAAAACUGAGUCAGUGCAGCAGCAGAAGCACAAGACUUGAGUACACAGUACUUAUGGUGAUGAUACUACAAAUUAAACAUAUUGCUACAGUAACAAGUAGAAACACAUAUACAACUUCAUAACAAUAACAAUGAACUUCCUAAAGAGGAAUACAGUUAAGGUAAAAAUUAUUAGCCCCUUUUAUGAAAUCAAACUUAACUUUUCCAUGGAAAUGACCAUAACCAAAAGUGUUUAUAGUUUAAUUGCUUCUGAAAGAGCAAAGACAAAAUCUCCACUAAGCUUGAUUAAGAUAUUUUACUGAUGCACUGAAUUUAAACAAGAAAAAACAAAAAUGACAAGGCCAAAAUUAUUAGCCCUAUGACAAUUAAUAGUCAGUAGUGUAACCUUUCUGACUCACAACAGUCAACAACCUCUUAUGGUAGUUCCUAACUAGGUUGGCACAUGUCUCCUGAGGGAUCUUAGCCCAUUCUUCCGUGGCAAAUUGUUCCAGCUCAUCCAAAUUGCGUGGUUUUCGAGCAUGGACAUUAACCUUGAGCUCCCGCCACAGAUUCCCAAUAGGAUUUAGAUCUGGGCUCUGAGAGGGCCACUACAGGACCUUGAUUUUGGUGUAAUUCACAAAGUUUUGGACCAACUUGGAUGUAUGCUUUGAGUCAUUGUCUUGCUGGAAGACCCAGCAGUGACCUAAAGCUAGACUGGCAGCAGAUUUCUUUACAUUAUCCAUCAAAAUGUCAACAUAAUCUUCUUUCUUCAUGAUCCCUUGCACCCGAACAAGGGUCCCUGUGCCUGAAGCAGCAAAACAGUUUUGAAAGCAAAAAAUCACAUGGGGGCUAAUAAUUUUGACCACCUCAAUUUUCACUACAUUAGGUAUAAAGCAAACGUGAAGAUUUAUUUUACAUUCCAAAAUGUACCAAAUAGGAGCCUUAACAUUGAUGAAUGUUUUACUAUAUAAAGUUUUAUUAAUGAUGCAAACAUUGGUCAAGGAAUUUUAGGGAAAUGUUCCAUAGUUCCUUGGGGGCUAAUAAUUUUGACCUUAACUAUAUGCUCAAUUGCACUGCCAGAUGUCCUCAGUUAGAUGGGCAAAAGUACACAAAUCAAACAAUAUACUUAUAUAUUUGCAUGCAAGUGAUUCAAUAUGAGUACAAAUACUGAUACAGAUGAGAAUAAUAAUGCUUUGUAGAAUUCAUUAAUUUAGAUUAAUUAGAUUCUACUGCAUUAUCUACGGGGAUCUGAUGCUCAUCCGUUUCUAUUCUUGUAAUGAAGAGAAAAUUGUUUACUUAGUAUGAAAGUCCAGUAAGGACAGUUGUUCAUGAUAUGUAAUCAGCUGCCGUCUCAUGAAACCGUGUUGUGUUGUGUUGUGUUAUGUUGUCUUAGGGCGAUUUUCACGUUGAUGCUGAAAUUGGAGAAUCUCAGCGAUUCUCAUUCUCAUGAAUAUUUUUAAAAAAAUCUUUAAGAAGUUGAGAUACUGAAUUUGUUUUUCAUCAGAUAGCAGUUUUUUGUGAGUGUGAAGCACUACACAUUUAAUUCAGUAUUUAUCUUAACUGAUUAAACUCAUGCAUAACUUAUUUUUCACAA